GUAGAUGAAUAUAAUUAAUCUCCAUUCUCAAAGAAAGGAUUCUGUCAAUUAUGUAGACGUUAAAAACCUGAACGUUGUCAUGUAUAAUUUCAAAAAUAUAUUUUAGCAUUGUUCAGUUUGUAAUCGUUGUGUAUUAUAAAUGGAUCAUCAUUGUCCAUGGAUAAAUACAUGUGUAGGUUAUUAAAACAGAAAGUAAUUCAUAUUACUAUUAUUUUACGCAUUGUUAUUUAACUUUAUAACAGUAAUAAGCACAACUAAAACAUAUUUGCUUUCAUUUCAAUUUUCAUAUUUAAAUAUUAUUUAUGCUUUGAUUUGUAUUGGUAAUUAUGUUUUAGUAGUUUUGCUUAUUGGUUUUCUUAAAUAUCACUUAAAUUUAUUAUAAAAAAAUUAGACAACAUUAGAAGACAUAAUUAGUAAGAAUAAUUAAAUAUCAUUUAAUAUCUACGAUAUUGAUCCACAUACUAAUAUUGUCUAGAUAUUUGGAUAAAAUAAAAUUUUAUGGUUAUUCCCAAUAUAUUCUGGUUUUGGAUGUGAUGAUGGAAAUUCAUUCCCAAAAAAUGAUUAUAAAGUUAUGUAAACUUCUUCUCCAUAAGUUAUUUCAGUGUAAAAAUUCAAAUUUAUUAUAGUUUUUAUGAAUAAUAGUAUGUAAGUAGUGAUAAAAAUAAGAAUGAAUAUUCAAAUGUUUAAACUUUAUAUAAAAGAGAAAUAAAAGAUUAAUGA